GAAAGGGAGAAGGUGAAGGAGAAGUCCAAGGCAGUGGAGUACGACCGCAGUCGCGACCGAGAGCGAGAGCGAGAACGAGAACGAGAGCGCAGCAAGGCCGCUGAGGAGGAGGAACGGGACAAGGAGAAGGGCAAGCCAGCCGAACAGGACAAGCGCCCCGACCGCCCCGACAGAGAGAAGGAGAAGGAGAAGGAGAAGGAGAAGGAACGUGGAAGAGACAGGGAUAGAGAUAAGGAGAGGGGCAGGGACAAGGACAAGGAGAAGGAGAGGGAUGGAGAGAGAGAUAGAGAGAGGGAUAGAGAAAGGAAUGGGAGGGGUGAUAGGGACCGAGACAGAGGGAAGGGGCCCGAUGACUCGGGCGACAAGGACAGCUGUCCGGCGGGGGCUGGGGUGAAGGGCCGCUCGCCUUCCGAGGUGGAGACGGAGAAGGAGAAGAACGGCAAGCAUAGUAUCAUCGUCACUAUAUCCCAGACGGACUACGAAAGUGGCGUGCAGGAGAGAGAGAAAGGCGACGACAAAAGCCAAGAUAAGGGUACCAGCAAAGUUGUCGAGAAAGACAGUGGAGACGACACCAGCCGCGUGAGUGCCGACGACGAAGCCGAGAGCGAGCGCAUGCUAGCGGAGAUGCAGCGCAGACGUGAGCUGGAGAAGAACAACCGCGACGCACUGAAAGGGACCGAGUCACUCGAUUGCAAGGGCCGGGCUAGCAAGGAGCUGGAGGGGCCCAAAAAAGAGGGCGAGGACAGGACGGGCGAACGCACCAGGGACAGGGCCAGGGACCGUAGUAGUGCGGAGAGGGCCGGAAAACGUAACGAGACGAGUGAAAACGUAACCGCACGGGGAGUUGAGGAGAAGCGGGUGAGCCGGGAGCGAGAACGCGAGCGAGAACGCGAGGGGGAUAGGCAUGUGAAGGGACGGGAUGGCGAUAGGAGUGACAGGGGAGGAAAACGUACCAGUACGGAACGAGAAAUGGCUAGGGACACAGAGGGUGCGGAUUCGCUUAAGGAGAAGGACAAGUCUAGAGAUCGCGGGGGCGCCAGCGGGGAGCGAUACGGAAACGAAAAACGUACCGAGGGACAUGACAGCGCCGAGAAAGCGAAACGCGAUCGCGAACGUGAACGGUCGCAGACCUAUGGACGGAGAAGUGGCGAGCGCGAUUUGGGGAGAAAACGUCCCGAGACGAGUGACGAUAUGGGUAGAAUACGUACUGAGAUGGGCGAUGAUCUGAAGCGAAAACGUACUGAGACGGGAGGACACGGUACGACGGACCGACAGUUGUCGAGGCGCGCCGAUACCACCGAUAGUGUGCACAGCAGCGCGGAUCGGCUGGGAAAACGUAGUGAAAACGUAGACGGUGACCGGCCAGGGCUCAGUAGUAGGAGUGACACGACCGGGCGCAUGGGAAGCGACCGCGACCGAGACAGAGACCGAGACAGGGACCGAGACAGAGACCGAGACAGGGACCGAGACAGAGACAGUGAGAGGGACCGAGAUAGAGACCGGGAUAGACACUCGCACGCCCCCGCAGAGAGUACUGGGGAGAGUGGGGGUGCGGGAGACAGGGACAGACAGCUGAAACGGGCGUCUACGGAGUUACGGCGCAGUGAGGUGAGGGACAAGCGUAGCCGUGUGGAGGACGCGCGCGAGGCCCGGGGGGUAACCAGAGCUCUGGCCGAGAGGGGGUAG